GGGUUUGUGUGGGGGCGGCUGGGCACUGAGGAGAUGGGUCUAGACUGGGCAGGCUGUUAGGGGAAGAGUGGAAUGCUGGGCACUGGGGAGAGGGGGCCAGUGCAGGGCUCUUGCAGAAUAGCAUAGGAUGUGGAGGUGGUAGGGGGCGUUCAGGACAUCGGCACUGUUCCUGCCUGUUGAGACCAAGUUUCUCAUGUCUUUGAAGCAUCCAGGGUGGUUUUGCUAAUGUGAGAUGUGCUGAUGUGCUUUUGUGAAUGGGUUGGGAUGACCACCCUUAAGUAAUGGGUAAAGGAAGAGGUAGCAUUUUGGGGAGAAAGCUAGACUCCAGGAGUUCUGAGCAUAGCAGCUGUAUUCUUCCCCAUCACAACUGUUUGGUGGCUGAGAUAGCACUGCUCCAUCCCUAUACUACAGGACUCCAGCCACCCGGUUUUACAGAAGUGGAUGUCUUAGCAUCCUUGGGCCAUGGCUCACCUGAGGGAUUUUGCUAACCAGCACUCCAGGGUGGACCCAGAAGAGCUGUUCACCAAGCUGGAGAGGAUUGGUAAAGGCUCAUUUGGCGAGGUGUACAAAGGAAUCGACAACCGCACCAAGGAGGUGGUUGCUAUCAAGAUCAUUGACCUGGAGGAGGCGGAGGAUGAAAUUGAGGACAUCCAACAGGAGAUCACUGUGCUCAGUCAGUGUGACAGCCCCUACAUAACCCGCUACUAUGGGUCCUAUUUGAAGAGUACCAAGCUGUGGAUAAUAAUGGAGUACUUGGGUGGAGGCUCAGCACUGGAUUUGUUAAAGCCAGGACCCUUGGAAGAGACCUACAUUGCCACUAUCCUGCGGGAAAUCCUCAAGGGCUUAGAUUACCUGCACUCUGAGAGGAAGAUCCACAGGGACAUCAAAGCUGCCAAUGUGCUGCUAUCGGAACAAGGGGAUGUGAAACUGGCUGACUUUGGUGUGGCUGGACAGCUGACAGACACCCAGAUCAAGAGAAAUACGUUUGUUGGGACUCCCUUCUGGAUGGCACCAGAGGUUAUCAAACAAUCUGCCUAUGACUUUAAGGCAGAUAUCUGGUCCCUUGGAAUCACAGCCAUUGAACUUGCAAAGGGAGAACCCCCGAAUUCUGACUUGCAUCCUAUGAGGGUGCUCUUUCUGAUCCCCAAAAACAACCCUCCAACACUGGAGGGACAUCACAGCAAGCCCUUCAAAGAAUUUGUAGAAGCCUGUCUCAACAAGGACCCUAGAUUUAGGCCAACUGCUAAAGAGUUGCUAAAGCACAAGUUCAUCACACGUUAUACCAAGAAAACCUCAUUCCUCAUGGAGCUGAUUGACCGAUUCAAGCGCUGGAAGUCAGAGGGCCAUGGAGAGGACUCUAGCUCUGGUGAUUCUGACAUUCUGCUGAGCCCAUCAAGCGGCAGCCCCGAUCACAGUGUCUCUCCACGCUUGUCCACCCAGUCUUCGGGGAGCUCAAAGAUAAGCACAAGCAGACUGGAGGGAAUGUGGGAGCUAUGGAGGAGCUGGAGAAUGCCUUUAGCUUGGCUGAGGAGUCCUGCCCAGGCAUUUCUGAUAAACUGAUAGCACACAUGGUGGAGCGGGUACAAAGGUUUUCACAUAGCCGGAACCACCUGACUUCAGCCCGCUGACCAGUACAGUUGUUGCUGCUCUUUACGGGGAAGGGAGGAUUUUCCCAACUUCAUAAGAACUACAUCUCUAAUCCCAGACCACCGUCAUCUGCUGUUGGAUGUAACAUUGUGACUCCAGGACAUUUCAGAACCUUCAUCUAUACAUGUUUCCAUGACAACUAAGGGUGGGGUUCACAAUGCAAGUACAAUUUAGACCUUUUGCAGAGCCCAAGGAGGGGCGGUCUAAUUGUUUUUACACUGUUCUCAAUGGAGUUUUUAAUUGUUCUCCCUGUGGACGUACCCAUUUUUAUUUGAUUCCGAGCUUGUUAAAAGGUAAAAUCCUGGCUGGUGCAGCAAGAAGGAAGUUCUCCUGUACUCAGAUGUUUCAAAAGGGAAGUAUGAUGGGUUCAGCCUUCUCCUCUCCCCCCAAGGAAGUGUAGGUGAGUGGUAAUGCACAAGGAGUACAGGUGGCUCCAGGCUUUCCAUACACUACAGCAUUCUAGUGGAGUCAGAGUUGCACUCUGGCCGCACAAGAUUUUUUCAACUCCUUCAUACACUAGUGGAACAAAGGCUUUAACUAGUAGCAGUGAAAGUAGGUUUGCUGCUGUCCUCCCUACUCUUCAUUCAAGAGUAGCUGCGUUGUUUUGUCACUUUCACAGGAUGGGUUUGCUGACUGUUCUGCCAGCGGUUCUGGGGAUGUCACUCUUUGAACAGGCCUUACUUUACUUAAGCUACACUAGAGCAAAGUUUGCCUCACUUUGACAAGGCAGCUGCAUUUGGUCUAAAACUCUCUCAUGUGGGGUUAGGAGUUGCUUAUGCUUCCUGCUGCUUCUGACAGCAGACAUACCAGGUGCGUUGGCUUGUGGCAGACUGAACGCCAUGACUAUUCUAAAGUGAGACAGGCUAAACACUAAGAUUAAAGUGCAUUAGAAAAGAGACCUUUGUCAUGCAAAGAUGUUUAAAAGGUGAGUCUGAAAUUCUUUACAGUGAUUCUCAAUUGAAGAAAAUUCAGCUUUUUCUUUACCUAUUAAAUGGCUGAUAUCAUUGCUCCUUGGUGGCUAUAUCCCAAAUGCAAUGCUUGGGAUACCAAAGUCAAUUUCUCCCCUACUUUACUCUCAUGAAGCAUUUCUUAAAACUGUGCUCUGAACAACUUGAAGCCAACACAGUCUCAGCCAGAAGUACAAUCCCACAUAAUGCUCUGCAUCUCUCAUUAUCAAUGUAUUAGCUGCCCUUCAGUAAAGCAGACACUUCGGUCAUUCAAGGUAUUCCUAUGGAGCAACUUCACCUAGUUUUGCUUUCUUGACAAUGCUAGUUUAGCCAGGAAUUUCAGUUCUCCACUUUGUCAUAGAUUUGUAUACAAGAUACUCCAAGGCUCUGGAGGGAAACCAGGCUUGUAAAGAGACAGGGUUGAAAUUUUGAAAGCUGCGUGCCUAAAGCUAAGCAGCUAAAACUUAUGUUCACAUAAGUGAUGUGACUUCAGAUAGCUCUUACAGCUCCCCUAGAAGCCAACAGGAGCUGCAGAUGCUCAGUGCCUCUAAAAGUUAGACCACUUAACUAACAGGUAAAUUUGGAUUGUGCUUCCUACCUUCAGCUGUGCAGGUUUCAGAAUGUUGGGCCUGGUGUCUCUACAAAGAGAACACAUGAGCCCCAUCACUUAGUCUUAUGCUAAAGUGAACUGCAAACAAUCUUUACUGCUCCUCUAUGAUGUAUAAAUACAGGCUCUAUGUGUUAACACUGCUUAUCUUGUAGAAAAUAGCUGCUGUUAUCUCUUGCUAGAGCUCACUUAUGGAGCAGAGUUUAUUUUAUGUACUGAGGUAGCCAUGGAGCCUGUAUUUAUGCACAAUGACAAGUAAAGGGAAUACUCAGCCAGGCAAAAGGGAAAGUCUCCUGCUGCUUUUAACUUUAUUCUGUUCAUGAUGGUAGCAUAUUGUUAAUAAGGUACCUUGUAUUAUCCUUCACAUGCACUUCAGUGUCAUGAGUAAAGAUGAUUUUUAAGGAAACUAUCCCCAUAAAUUUCCUCCAAUAUUCUAA